ACAAAAAAAGGUUAUUGAAAAUGCAGCAAACAACGCGUCUUAUUUAUGUUUACUCCGCGGUUCUAGUUCUGUACAGAACCGGGUCAGUCGGGGGUUACUCGUAUCAGACCGAGCCUCUGUUCCGGUCCUACGCGGACCUGGAAGCGGCCUCGGCGUUGGGGCGCCGUUCCGCGGGGGCGGAGGAGGUCUACGCGGUGAGGUGUGAGGAGGACAGCAUGGAGGUGGUGGUUAGGGCUCCCCCCAACGAGUUUGGCUUCUUUGAAGAGUCCGCGCCACCCCGGCUCGGGCUCUCCGGCGCGCGAGACCACUGCGCCGCCAGGCCGUCCGCGAGCGGAGACUACGUCAUCCGCGUUCCGCUGAGCGCGUGCGGGAGCUCAUUGACGUUUACAAAGAGUGCUGUACUUUUCAGCAACCUGCUGCUGCUGCCUCUCCCAUCAUCCAUCUGGGACGUGAAAGAGGCCGCCAUUCCCGUGCUGUGUCAGUACAAAAGGAAGUACACAGUGAGCAGCGGAGAGCUGAGGCCGACCUGGACUCCCCACAUCUCUGUGCAGUCCGCUUACCUCCAGCUGGACUUCCGCCUCAGACUCAUGACUAGUGACUGGAGCUCUGAAAAGAAAUUCCCCGUCUACUUCACGGGAGAGACGGUCCACAUGGAGGCCUCCGUGGAUCAUUAUAGGCCCUCUCUGCGCUUGUAUGUAGGCAGCUGUGUGGCCACUCUGACCCCCGAUGUGAACUCUCACCCCAGAUACCCCUUCAUAGACCACCGGGGAUGUUUCGUGGACUCCCUGCUGAGCGGCUCCAGAUCUCGCUUCCUGCCCCGAGUUCAGGAUCAACUCCUCCAUAUUCAGCUGCAGCCUUUCCUCUUCCACGAGGACCACAGACACAAUAUGUACAUCACCUGUUACCUGGAAGCUUCUGUGGUGUCAGAGGAGGAGCCAGAGAACAGGGCGUGUUCUUUCAUCAGUGGGAGAUGGAGGUCGGUGGAUGGAGACGAUGAUGCUUGUGAAAGCUGCAGCAGCACCGCCGAGUACGGCCACAAGAGGGCGCAGAGGAGUCAACGGGGGCACGCACAUGAAACCACCGUGGGUCCAAUCGUGUUCCUCCCAGAGCACGACGACUAUGAAAAUGAAUGAUUGUGAGAGGAGGAGGAUGAGCUUAAUGCAGACACUAAGUCACAGGACAUGUGGCUGAUUUAUAGAUUUUUCAUAAAAAUCAAAUUAAAUGAAAGCUGUUUUGAUGUUGGUUGUGAGCAACAUCUUUUUUUUAUCCACUUCAAGACAUAAUAACAUCAUCCUGAUGACUACAAUUCCCAGAAUCCCAUCACGCCCUGUUUGGUAUAAUUGAAAAGCUCCAAACCUUCUCUGUAAAUAACUAAAAAUGACCUAAUUCAGUCGUAUGCAGCGGUCAGGAGGAUGUAGAACAUCAAGACAUUUUACAUAUGGCUCUAUUAAAGACGAUAGCUCAAAUUUUA